UAUGCGACAUCAUAUGCGCCGCUAAAGUUGCGCAAACAAGUGUGGUGAGGUCGGGGUGCAGCGUGCUCAAUGUCAGGGUUUUAUUAGCAGCCUUAUGAUGUCAACAGCAAGUCCGCACUCAGACUGGGAUAUAUAGGACAUUCCGCUCAUCCUAUGUUACAGGUCCAUUCGUCCACCAUGUCCACCCAGAUCUGUAGAGUGGUGGAGCUGAUUAUGCGCUCUGCUUGCUGCCAGGUUGUCAGAAGUAGAACCUGUGUGCGCAAGGCAGUGUUGGCCCCUGUAGCUUCCUCUGGCCUCUGUGUUCCUGGUGCUCCUUUGAUUCAUAGAAGGGCCUACAGCCUAGACUCUCUGUCUUCGCGUCCUGGUCGGCCCACACAUGGUCCAAGCUCCCAGCAGCCUUGUGGAGAGAGGUCAUUCCCCCAGCCUUCAGCACCAACACACAGGAACUUGUCUAAUGUGGCUGUACAGUCUAAUCUUCAGCCCUGGAUUAACACCUCACAGUCUCAGGAUGUUGCCUUGCCUAGACUCUCCAUAGUGAGACAACAUCUGGCUGAUGUGAUAACACAACAUCUUCGACCUGAGGAUUCCAAAAGUGUUAUCUUCGAAUGUAACCCAGGUUCUGGGGUGUUGACUAGGACACUGCUCAAAGCUGGAGCUAAGAGAGUUGUAGGUCUUGAAAAGAAUAUGGGCUACUUUCACAAUUUAAAGCAGUUGGAACGUCAAAGUAAUGGUCGACUGGAAGUGCAUCACUGUGACUUCUUUAAAUUAGACCCCAUUGGCGAUGGAGAAGUUAAACCCCCAAGCAUGUACUCUGAACAACUUUUCACUGACCUGAGAAUAUCAGAAGCUAGCUGGACUGACGACAUCCCAGUGAAGGUGGUGGGUAUCCUGCCCAGGAAUAAUGAUCGUAGCAGACUGCUGAAGUUGGUUUACGCUUUGUAUCAGCAGCUGUCUGUCUACAGAUAUGGCAGAAUAGAGCUCAACCUCUUCUUAAGAGAGAAGGAAUACCAGAAACUGAUAUCUCGUCCAGGUGACAUGAGGGGCUACAUACCCUUCUGUGUCUUCUGGCAGAUUGCUUGCGAUAUCGAACUACUGCACAAGGAGCCCAUUGAGUCAUUUCUGACUUCAGGAUAUAUGUCUAAACAUAGGACCAAGUUCGCCCAUCAGUUUUCCGGUAACCCCCUGUGCCUGGUGCGCCUGCGUCCACGGGCUGAUCUGUUCACUGCAGGUUUCUCUCCUUUUAAUGCUUUUACUCUGCUGCUGAUGAUCAAACAGUGUCUGGCAAAGAGGAAGUCCAAGCUCAUUGACAUGCUCAAUCUCUGGUCUCCAGAAAGUGGAAGUUUGCUGUUAUCGCAGUUGAGCUUGCCGGAAGACAUAUUGACAGGCUGUGUGUAUCCAGAGGAUUAUCUUAAGCUGUUCAGGCUGAUUGACGCGAGUUCGGCGUUCUCGCACAGCUGGCUUUAUGAGGAGUUUCUGGAGAACACAGAAAGGAUGGGUUGGGCCUAAGUUAUAGACAUACAAGUCAUGUGUAUAGUUUUUUAAAAAUGAAAGAAUAAUAUAAUGUGUGAUGUAAUAAAAUUAUACAUACAUCCAUACACACACAUGGAAUCAUAAAAAACGGUAAUAAAUAAAACAUUUGUGCAGAAUAAAUUGACAUAAUAGACUUGUAUAGAGAGUCACAAACAUGUUUGUGACUGUACUGUAGGACAAUAGAGGAAAAACAUUAAAUGUACCUGUGUUGUCCUGAACUGGGAUUCCCAUGAGUUCAAAUUUAAGACAAACCUCUGUAGCAGAAAUGGUUCUCUUUGGGCUCUUGAGCUUUACUACUUGUACAGAGAAAACAAUGAGUCAGCAAUGACAAUAAUUAAAAAUUGUUGCAGGAUAAAGGUCUUACUAGUUAAAUCAUUAAAAGUCCCUGUAUGCUUUAAAAAGCAUCAUUGAUGCACCAGGUCAUGAAAAAGAUAUCUGUAUAAUUAAAAAAUGUGCAUUUACUUGAGUGGUUGAUACGACUGCAGUUUUGUUUAUCCAGUACACUGUAACAGCAGUUUCACAUAACACAACCCUGUAUGUAUCUUGUAUUGCAUAAUACACUGACAUCUUUAGGGGAAGAACGGUAACAAGAAAGAAGGAAGGAAGGUUUUCACUGUAUAGCGUAAUGAUUUAUGUAUUUUUAUAUAUUCAUUGUGUCAGCUUUUCUAAAUGUCAUGUUUUGUGGAAUCCAAUUUUUUUUUGAACGAAUGAUUAAAUUUGAAUUUUGAUAUGAAGUGUGGGGGACAAAUAGAUUUGAGCUCUGUUUCAGUGUUAAGUGCGCUUGUUUGACGAGAAUGGGUGUUUUGGCCAGAAUAAAAUCCAUUACUUUUAUUUCCUGUAUACAUAGAGUGAAUAAAAUGAUUAUUAUUA